GGGGUAUAUUUUUUCUGAGUUGCUUCCUUGAAUAGAGAGAAAGUUUUCAAAAAGAAGGUGUAUAGCCAUUAAGUUUUAACAAAAGCAUAAAUUACCACAUCCACAUCUUGGGAUCUAAAAAAAAAAAAAAGGAUCCACUAAUUUUGUUUUUAAAAACCCAAAUUAUUAUUAUUAUUAUUAUGGACUCCACCAAUUUUGAGCAACACGAACAACAAGAGCAACAACAUCUUCAACACCACUUUCUUGGAUGCCCUCCUUUAAACAUUAUUAUUCCAUCUUCUUCUUCUGUUGGCUAUGGCGUUUCUUCUACCUCUCUUCACGAGUGGAACUCCUCCAUCUUACCAACGAGUACAACAUCAAGUAACACUACAACGUUCCACAACGAAAAGACGCCAUACGAGAACGAGUUCAUGAGCAAUACAACACCACCAAUCUCACCCAUGCCAAAGAUAGAAGACGAUAUACUAAGCUCAUUCCCUACCUUUGGUGGCCUAAUUCAUAACCCUACAACUACAAUUCCAACAACUUUGGAUAAUCAAAAUAUAACUCAUCCUUGGUCGUCAUUUAGUGGGUUGAUGAUGUCAUCCGCUUCUGGUAUGCCCUUAAUGCAGCUUCCUUUAGAGAUAAGUAACAACAACUGGAGUAAUCAUAAUCAUAAUCAUAAUCAUAAUCAUAAUCAUAAUCAUAAUCAUGGUUAUCAUCCUAGCACAAGUUUGUUGAAUCAACUCGGGUUUAUGUCUUCGUCACCAAAUGAUUCGACUACAUCUACUGUAUCAAGUGGAAAUCAUCCUCGCUUGGGGUUAAAUUUGCAAGCUAUGGAUUUCCUAGGAAAUAAUAAUAAUAAUAAUAAUAAUGAUAAUAAUUCGAGUUUUGGUACUCAAAAUCGAGGUAUGUCAUAUGGAGAAGAAGUUAUGAGCACAGAUGGAAACUUCAUGUCUCGUAAUAACAAGAGCUCAACGUUGAUGAAUGGAUCAUUAACGGGAACAAAAAGAAACGCCGGGAGUACAAGUAGUAGUGAUCAGUCAAAGGCAUCAACAUCCAACAAUAAUCCUGUUGCUGUUAAGAAAUCUCAACUCAAGGUUUCUUGCCCGCCGUUUAAGAUUAGAAAGGAGAAAUUGGGAGAGAGGAUAGCAUCGUUACACCAAUUAGUCUCGCCUUUCGGCAAGACGGAUACAGCUUCUGUGUUGACAGAGGCAAUUGGAUAUAUCCAGUUUCUUCAAGAUCAAAUCCAUACACUUUGCAUGCCUCAUGCUAAGCCUUCUCGUACCAAGCCAUGUAGACAACCCUUCCAUAUGGGACUAGGAAAUGAAGAAGAGGGAAAGGAAGAAGAAAGAAUAGAACUUGGAAGGAGAGGAUUAUGCCUUGUGCCAUCCUCAUGGACAUCAUAUCUCACGCAUAACCAAAUGGAUGCAUCUAACCAUCCUUCUUAUUUCUAGCUUUUUUAAUUUUUGUAUAAGUAUCUUGUUAGCCACGUUUCCACUAAUGAAAAUUGUAAGGACCAGAGUAUACUUUUUACUAUACCCAAACACAAACGUAUGUUUUCUUCGAGUCAAAAUCCUCUAUUCCAGAAUCUAUAUACCACUUAUGUAACCAUUUUUUUUAGUCAAUCAAUUUUAUUUUCAUAUAAAA